GGAGUCGACCGACCGUUAAUCACGAGUUGUUUUUGAUCUUUGUUCCCGGUAUGAUUUAUUUAUACUACUGUGAAAAGUCAAGAUUCUACAGCGAUCACUUACCUACUGCUCGGUCACCGCACAAGACAUGCAAACACACGUGUUUGUCGUGUUGUGUUACACGUGUGUGGCCGGCACGAGGACAAGUCUGUUGGGCCCAAAUCUUUGGAACCACGAGGCGUCCUAUGACGAUUUGGCCUCAGCAUCGUUGAAGUACAUACUACAUUUUGCGAAGUCGAAUGCCGACCUCAUAGUGACUGUGGACGACAGUGUCUACGAGACCCUAAUCACAAGCACGCUGCUUGAAAAAUUCAGCGCAGCUGAGUUCAUAUCGUUUGUAUUGUUGAAAAUAUCAAGUGUAAACUCUUUCGGCGCGAACGAGGAAUUCGCUUCACGCAUAUCCAAAGAUAUUCACAAUAAAGCGUUCAUCACGAUUUCGCACAAUAUCGACGGCGCCUUUGCGAAAUCGCUGGCUGUACUGUCCAAAUUUGACAUUUGGGACAACAAAGCACCUUGCAUUUUUAUAAUAGAAAAUUCUUUGGGGAGGCACGAGACCGUGCGCAAAAUCGUAACAAGACUCUGGACUGAUUACGAGCUCCUGAACUUUGCGUUGUUGUACGUGCGAGCCCGCGGGAACACGGACGACAGCGGGUCUCACGGAGUUGAAGCCGUCACGUUGAACCCGUUCGUGAACAACGGGGAACUGGUGGAUCUGGUGUGCGACUUUCCGGACGCGACGUCCGCAGGCUGCAAACAACUCGACAUGUCCGGGUUCCCUGUCUUCGCCGAGGUGCGCUCGGAGCCGCCGUACGGCUACGCGCAGAACGACUCCCGGGGCCAGGUGACGUAUAAAGGGUUCUACGGGCUCGUGCUGAGGACCGUCGGGCAGUACCUGAACGUGACGGUCCAGGUGAACUCCCUGGAGGCGUCGACGGCGCCCGACUCGCCGUGGCUGAUGCCCGCGAGGAACUGCCGGGAGCCCGACGUCCAUGCGACGCUCCGCUUCACGUCCAAGAAGAGCGUCAAGUCCUCGACGUACCCCUUCCACUCGGAGCCGAUCAAGAUCGUGGUGCCGAAAGCGAGGCAGCUGCCCAGUUCCAUGAACAUGAUCUUGCCCUUCAGCUGCUUCACGUGGGUCGCGUACUUCAGUUUCUGCUUCGUCGCCGUGCUGACCUGGAGAUUCAUGACAACCUUUUACCCAGCCGUGAUGAGUCCUCCGGGAAAGGUUCUCGACGUGCUGCGAUCCGUCUUGAGCGGGUGGCAUCUUUACGAGCACGAACGGUUGUCUUUGAAAAUAUUCGGCUUCAGCCUCUCCCUGUACAGUCUGAUACUCAACAACGCUUACAGCGGGAUGCUGACCAGUUUCCUCACCAAACCCGCCUACUACGCCGACAUUGACACGCUGGAAGACUUCUUGAAAUACAAAUUGCUCUUCGGGGUGAAAAUCGAACCCGACAAGUUCGACGACGAGGCGACCAGCGCGAACCUGGACGACCCUCUGUCCAUGGCCAUUUUGGAAAACUUGGUUUUCCUCGAGGAUCUCGAACAAGGGCUUCACGAAGCCGCCACCUUCAGGAACGUCGGGGUGAUCAUGCAAGAGACCCAAGCACAGUUCUUCAUGAACAAGAGGGAGUUCAAUGUAGGGGGACGCCCGAUGCUUCACAUGAUGGCUCUGAAGGUCCUCGUUCUGAAUUUCGGAUUCACGACACGAAGAAAUUUCCCGUACAUGAAACGCAUUGGUGGUUUAGCUCAGAGGUUAAAUGAAGCUGGCAUAAAGGACAAAUUGGUGAAAGACGUCAUUGACAUGACGACCUUGGAGCUGCUAAAAAUGCAGAAAGACCCUGAAGUUAUCCCAUUGUCGUUAGAACAUAUCCAGUCAUGUUGUUAUGUUUUGAUGUUAGGUAUCACGUUAAGCGUGAUUGCUUUUGUUCUUGAAGUAGCUUGUAAUAAAUUUGAAAGGCGUUUUAGUGGUAGCUUUGACAUAAUAUCAAAGAAAAAAACGCUGUUAUAAAUAAA